GGGUGGAGUUUGUCAGAUUCCACUGGGGUCUCUCUCUUGGAGUGUUAGUUUCUCUCCGUACUGUCUGUUUGAUUCCGUCUGGCACCUUUACCCAUCUCUGGCCCGGUAGCUUUACUUUCAGGGAGAAUCGGAGAUGGAAAAGAGAGGAGAUGUAAUGCUGGGGGUCGAGGAUGAAUCCGGGCAGCCCGUCUCGGCCUUGUCGAUUCUCUCGCUGCUAGAACGCGUGUCGACGAUCAUCGAUGGCGUCCAGGCCAGCCAGCAGCGCAUGGAGGAGCGUCAGCAGCAACUCGAAAGCUCGGUGAGCGCCGUCCAAUCCGAGCUUCUCAAACUAGCUCGCGACCAUGGCGCCACGGCCACAACCGUUGACAAACUGAUGCAGAAAGCCCGCCGCGUGAGCACACACGUUAAAGAAGUACGUUCACGUGUGGAGAAACAAAACGUGCGUGUGAAGAAAGUGGAGACUACACAGGAUGAGCUGCUCACCCGCAACAAGUUCAGGGUUGUUAUCUACCAGGGUGAAACUGAAGUUCCCUCUGUUGCUGUCACUAAGACUCCAAAGGGGGCGGGGCUUGCUAACUUGGAGGUGGAGCCUGAUGAGUAUGAAAUCCCUGCUGACCUAUCAUCUGAUGAAGAGUACAUGGUGGUCGAGGAGGCGGAGUCAUCUCGGGGCGCCCGUCUGAAACAGAGCGGGUUAAAAGGCAUCGAGAACAUCAAAGCUGCGUUCUCCAAAGAGAACAUGAACAAAACCCGUGAGAAGACGCGGGAAAACCUCAACAAGACCAAGGAUAGCCUCAGUAAGACGGGCCAAACGCUCGGAACCAAAAUCAACACCUUUGGUGAGAAGAUCGUGCCCCCUGAGCAGCGAGAGAAGAUCCGUCAGAGCAGCGAGAGGCUGAAGGAAAACAUCGCUAAGAAAGCACCCAAUAAAGAAUCGUUCAAAAUCAAACUGAAGAAGGAACGCACGGUCGCUGAGGGCCAGGAGGGCGCAGAGGCGGAGCUUGCUGUGACUCCUCCCAAAGGCAGGAAGUCUAGCCCAGAUGUGACCUACACAGAGGUGGUUACCGAGAACAAGAGGGAGGGUCCAGUGUCAGAGGAAGGAGCGACUCGUAUCCAAGAGGACUGAAAACAACAAGUCACCACAGAAACUGUGGAGAAGUGAAAGGGAAAAACAUAAAAUGUAGAGAAAGAAAGCAGUUAAUGAGUAAGUGGAAGAAAGAAAGGAUUUUUUCAUAAAUAAAAAACAAUGUGCUCCAAUAUGUGAGAGUGUAUGAGUAUGUGUGUGUUGGGUAGCCAAAUUAAUUAACAGUGCAAGCACUGGAUGUGUUUGUAUCAUUUCUGUUACCAUAAGCCACAUGUGAAAUAUAUUAAAAUGUGAAAACAUA